UUUUCUACAAUUGUUGCCUCCGCUACCUUAUUAGCUUCUGCAUCUGCCGCUAACAUUUCUACUUAUAUUUCUGACGGUACUACAUUCUACUUUUCAGUCGACACUCCCAAACCAUGCUACUACACUGCCACUGCAUCAUCUAGUUCUGAAUAUAUUGCCACAACCAUGAUCACCAAGACUUUGUCUACUGCCACUGGCUCUUUAUAUUAA